AUGACAACCCAGGUCGACUUUCUUGCCCCCAUGCUAGCGCCCCGCACCUUGAGGGGAGAUCCUCUCCCUAAGAGGCUUUGGCGUGUGACCCAUCGGAGCACUCAGUCCAUCAUAGACCUAGAUACCGGCGAUAUGUUGGCGGCCAAAAGGGACGAGUUCAACGAUCUAGAUGACUUCCGAGACGAUAUAGUGCGGCACGUGAAUUGGGAGAACAGGAUCCCGACGCGCUUCAUCUCCGUCUGGGGCACCUAUCCCCGAGCACACAACUGGAUUCAAAUGGAAUGCAUUUGGGCCCCAGCUGAGAUGUGGGAGAUCGACGUGGAGAUCGCGCUCGAAGAGGGCGCCCGCAUCAUGCAGGUCGAACUUCUGAUGGCAAGGCUCGACUUUUACCACCCGCAAAUCCCCAACACGAGGAUGCUGACGCCUCCGUCUACUCCUCAUCGUGUCCUUGUUGAGCAGUCGAGGCAGGACGUUGGUAGUGACCAGGAGGAUUCUCCCCAGACCUCGCAUGACGAGUCUCAGGCGUGGAGUGAGGUUGAAACAAGGGAGGAGACAGAACAACCCGUCUCCGAAGUUGGCUCUGGUCACAACUCGGAUGAGGAGGAGAGCGAUGGAGAAGAGGAAGCUGCUACACAGGAAGCGAAGAGUGAAGCGUCAACAGAGGCAGGACGAGAGAAUUGGCAGUCUGGUCGGGAGGAAGAAGAGGAGGGCGUCGAAAGUAUUGAAAGUCAGCUGGUUAACCUGACUAUUUGA